GAAGAAGCAGAUCAUAAUAUCUUGUCCUCAGAAGUAAAAAGUAGCCGUUGGGGUUUCAGUUCUUCCUCUUCUCACAUGUCAGCUGUCGGAGAGUUUGGAUCCUGUCCCUCUCUUUUAUUAGAUUAGCUCUUCUUCCAUCUCACACUCUCUCUCUCAGACUCUCAGAACAAUACUUCCCCUUCUUCCUCCUCCAGCUUGACUCUCUCUCUCUCUCUCUCUCUCUCUACACUCGAGACAUACACGGAACCAAAUCCACAGGAAGGAGGAGGGAAGGAAGAAGAAGAAGAGACUGAUAAGGCUUGAGAGUUGAAACUCAGCGUCCCUUCUUCCUUCCUUCCCUCUUCUGCUUCUCCAUUCCAUGGAAGAAUCCCGGAACCGUUGGACUCGGAACAGAUUAACCCCGAAGAGCAGCCUCUGCUUCCUGUUCGUCCUGCUUCUUGCGGUCCCAGUUGUGUCAUCAUUGUCCCACAGAUGGGACGGCAUAAUCGUGACCCAGGCGGACUACCAGGUCCUCCAGGCCAUCAGGAGCGAGCUCGUCGACCCCCUCGGGGUCCUUCAGAGCUGGAACCGUAGCGGAGCAGGGGCGUGCUCGGGCGGCUGGGCGGGGAUCAAGUGUGCCAAUGGCCAGGUCAUUUCCAUCCAGCUCCCCUGGAGGGCCCUUGGUGGCCGCAUCUCCGAGAAGAUUGGCCAGCUCGGGGCGCUCCGCAGGCUCAGUCUCCACGACAACUCCCUCACCGGUGUGGUCCCCCAGUCCCUCGGAUUCCUCCCUUACCUCCGCGGGGUCCACCUCUUCAACAACCGCCUCUCGGGCUCGGUCCCGCCCUCCCUCGGUAAGUGCCCCCUCCUCCAGGCUCUCGACCUGAGUAACAACCUCCUCUCGGGGCCGAUUCCCCCGGCCCUCGCAAACUCCACCAAGUUGAUUCGACUCAAUUUGAGCUCCAAUGCUCUCACUGGGCCUAUCCCUAUUGGCCUGACCCGAUCCCCUUCCAUUGCCUUCCUCGCCCUUGAGCGCAACAACCUGUCCGGUCCUAUACCUGACUCGUGGGGUGGGACGGGAAACAGCACUCAUCUGCUUACUACCUUGACCCUCGACCACAAUCGCAUCUCUGGGUCAGUACCGCCCUCUUUGGGCCAGUUAGGCCUGCUCCAAAAGCUUUCAUUGAGCCAUAACCAGAUCGAUGGAGCCAUACCUGAUGAGAUCGGCGGCCUCUCGAAGCUCCAAGAGCUCGAUCUCUCAUUCAAUGCCAUCGACGGGAGCUUGCCAGCUAGCUUUUCCAACAUGUCCUCUCUUGUAGUCCUGAAUGUAAAAGGGAACCAACUAAGAGGCCUAGUCCCUGAUGCCCUGAACCGGCUGCAGAACCUCUCGAUGCUCAACCUGGGGAACAAUAAGUUCCGAGGCCAAAUCCCGUCGACCAUCGGGAACAUGUCUAGUAUUUCUGAGCUCGAUCUAUCUGAAAACAACUUCAUUGGCGAGAUCCCUUCCUCGCUAGAAAAUCUAGCCAACCUCAAUUCUUUUAAUGUCUCCUACAACAACCUCUCUGGUCCCGUCCCUUCCCAUCUCUCCGAGAAGUUCAAUGCUAGUUCAUUCGUCGGGAACAUCCAGCUCUGCGGGUACAGCAGUUCGACUCCAUGCCCGAAUUCUCCUCCCCCACAGAGCUCCAUAUCCCCCUCGCCAGAGCCAGCCAAUUCCACGGGGUCACAGAAACGGAAGUUAACCACGAAGGACAUCAUCCUCAUAGCUGCAGGGAUUCUCCUUGCCAUCCUGCUUGUCCUCUGCUGCAUUCUGCUCUGCUGCUUGUUCCGAAAGAAGGCUGCAGCCAAGAAGAAGAAUGGGAAGUCUGCGGCAUCAACAGCGAUAUCGGAGAAGGCUGUGUCUUCAGGCAUGGAAGUCGAGUCGGGGGGCGACACCGGCGGUAAGUUGGUCCACUUCGACGGGCCAUUUGUGUUCACAGCUGAUGAUUUACUGUGCGCAACCGCCGAGAUCAUGGGGAAGAGCAGUUAUGGCACAGCAUAUAAGGCGACGCUAGAGGAUGGUCAUCAUGUAGCCGUGAAGAGGUUGAGGGAGAAGACCACAAAGGGCCAGAAAGAGUUUGAGAACGAAGUCGCUGUGCUUGGUAGGAUUCGGCACCCGAACCUGUUAGCUCUCCGGGCCUACUAUCUUGGCCCAAAAGGAGAGAAGCUCCUCGUCUUCGAUUACAUGCCUAAAGGGAGCCUCGCAUCGUUUCUUCACGCACGCGGCCCCGAGACGAGCAUUGACUGGCCAACAAGGAUGAGAAUAGCCAUUGGGGUGGCGCGGGGGUUGAAGCACCUCCACACCCAGGAGAACAUGGUCCAUGGGAACCUCACAUCGAGCAAUGUCGUGCUGGACGAGCAGGCGAAUGCCCACAUAGCCGACUAUGGCCUAUCCCGCCUCAUGACCAGUGGUGCCUCCACCAUGGUCGCUACUGCAGGCACGGUGGGCUACGCUGCUCCAGAACUCUCCAAGACCAAGAAGCCGACCAACAAGACCGACGUCUACAGCCUUGGGGUGAUUGUGCUCGAGCUCCUCACAGGGAAGUCCCCGAGCGAGGGCACCAAUGGUGAGGAUCUGCCCCAAUGGGUCGCAUCGAUCGUGAAGGAGGAGUGGACCAACGAGGUGUUCGAUCUGGAACUGAUGAGGGACACGAUGACGAUCGGGGACGAGCUGCUCAACACCCUGAAGCUGGCCAUCCACUGCGUUGACCCUUCCCCCACGUCCCGUCCCGAGGUUCAGGAGGUACUCCAGCAGCUGGAGGAGAUCAUGCCCGAGACGGCCGCGAAACCUGGGUAUGAAGGGACAGAGAUUCUGGCACCACCGGCCGAAUGAAAGAAAAGAUGAUCCAUCCAUAUAGCAGCCAUAAGGCAAUAAUACACACACAAUGGCAUAAGAACAAGGAGAGGGUAUAGUCCAUAAAAUAUAAGGCAUUCGUUAUUCUUUUACUAAUAGUGAGAAUAAAUCAAACCAGCUGGGUGUUUUUUUUCAUAAUUAGCUCAGGUUGCUAUAUAAAUUAAUUCUUUCAUCGCUUAUGUAUUUUGAUUUCAUUUUCCAUUCAGUGUCUGUAUAUAUAAUUGCGCUGUAUUCAUGCAUUCAUUCGUUCAUUCAUUAAUUAUGUCUUCAUUUAUUUGAUUCCUUCA